GGGCGGUAUGAAGUGUUGGGGAGGGGGGCAUAGAAUAGUAAGGUCGCCAUCUUAAAGCAAUUCGCGAUAGCCUUUCGUCGCCGGUGCGAAGCCGAGCCGUUGUCGUCGUCGUUCUUGUCGUGAUUGUGUGUCGUUUUCGUCGUUUUUGUCGUCGGGUUAAAAGCUGAGCCGUAUUAGCCUGGCGAGCGUGUUAAACGCGAGCGCGAGCUCGUACGGCUCCGGUAGGUGAUCAAAAACGAGAUCGAUAAAGAGUUGAAAGAGGAAAUUUAGUGGCAGUGCGCUGCGAGAAUGAUACAUGCUGUUUGAGAGAGAGUAACCACAGAAGGAAAGGACGAACCUCACACUUGCUGACAAAUCCAUUCGGUUUUGAAGAAUCAUCGACGUAGGGGAAGAAGACAGACAGGAAGGAAGGAAAGCAAAGGUAAAAAGAAAGAAAGAAAGUGACAGGAAGGACGACAGUAUGGCGGGACAAACGAUAAACGAUAGACUACUGGCUGCCAGACACAGCAUCGCUGGCCAAGGGCUCGCCAAAUCCGUCUGCAAAGCUACCACUGAGGAGAUGAUAGGACCAAAGAAAAAGCAUCUUGAUUAUCUCAUUCACUGUACAAAUGAGCCAAACGUGUCGAUACCACAACUCGCUAAUCUUUUGAUAGAACGAUCGCAAAACACGAACUGGACGGUCGUUUUUAAAGCACUCAUAACGGUACACCAUAUGCUUUGCUAUGGCAACGAGAGGUUUACACAAUAUCUGGCAUCGAGCAACAGCACUUUUCAGCUCAGCAAUUUCCUCGAUAAAAGCGGAGUACAAGCAGGAGCUCGCGUCGGUUACGAUAUGUCACCUUUUAUCAGACGAUAUGCCAAAUACUUGAACGAGAAGGCUCUUUCAUACAGGACGGUGGCAUUUGAUUUUUGUAAAGUUAAAAGAGGAAAAGAAGAUGGCACAUUACGUACCAUAAACGCAGAAAAAUUACUAAAAACAUUGCCAGUUCUACAAGCGCAAUUAGACGCCCUUUUGGAAUUUGAUUGUACAGCAAACGAUCUUACCAAUGGAGUUAUUAACAACGCAUUUAUGCUUCUAUUCCGAGAUCUCAUACGUUUGUUUGCCUGUUACAAUGAUGGGAUUAUUAAUCUUUUAGAGAAAUAUUUCGACAUGAACAAAAAACAAUGUCGAGAUGCUUUGGAACUGUAUAAAAAGUUCCUCAUAAGAAUGGACAGAGUCGGCGACUUUUUAAAAGUAGCAGAGGAUGUUGGUAUCGACAAAGGUGAUAUUCCGGAUUUAACAAAGGCACCAAGUAGUUUGUUAGAUGCAUUAGAACAGCAUCUUGCGUCAUUAGAAGGGAAAAAGGGUUCCGCUGCAAAUACGCCAACGCAAUCAGCAAGCAAUAGAACGAAUAUAAAGUCGGGAGUGUCCGCCCUGUCUUCCACCAGUACCGCAUUUGGAACGGCAGCUAGUAACGCACGGCUUGAUCAUACUGGAAAUGGACACAUCGAUGAAGCAUUAAGGCAACAAGCUCUUGCGGAAGAGGAAGCAGCUAUGAAUCAAUACAAGGCUAAAGUACAGUCGCCCUCGGGUGGUCCAAGUACAAACCCUUUUUUGAGUUCUCCUACCAACAAUGCCCAUCAGCCAAUAGUUGAUUUAUUCGGUUCAGCACCAUCAGCUGAUAAUCAGCCUCAAAAAGCGUCCGACGAUUUGCUACAACUGGCAGGAAAUCCUUUUGCAGAUAUGUUUGGUGCACCCCAACAAGUCCAACAAACACAGCCUGCACAAGUACAAAAUAAUAUGUGGAUGACCAACGGUAAUGGUUUUGCAGCGACACCAGCAAAUAAUAACUUUGUUACAGAUAAUAGCUUUUCCUCCGUAUUUGGAAAUCAGGAUCAACAGUCAACUGGUGCCCCAGGAAUUACCACCGGAUCCGUACCUAAUCCUUUCAUGUCCGACUUCCCAACCGCCGCUUCCCAAGCUAGCAAUGCAGCCGCUGCUCUAGGGCUGUUCGAUCAAAGCAGCAGCGGCGUUACUGCCGGCGGUAACGUUGCCGAAGCUCAAGUAGCAGCAGCAGCAACAGCAGCAGCAGCAGCGGCGGCAUCACAAAGCGGCGGAGACCUCUUCAGUGCCGGCGGUCAGGCAGAUCUCUUUGGGGGCGACUCUGCAAUGCUCAAGGCCGCAGAUGGGAGCUCUGGGGACGUCGCGUCCGACGGUGCACAAGCACCGUCGGCCGUUGCGCCCUCGACUGCUCUUACCUCUGGCAAGUCCACUGCCACGCCGCCUCCCAGACCACCGCCUCCCGCGACAGCAGCUUCCAAUGGUACACCACGUGCAUUGUCUCCAGCUGUUAGCGGAGCAUCACCUGGUAGGCCAGCCUCGGGGCCUGCUUCGACUGCCGGCAGUGCAGCCCCGAGCAAGAGUGCAUUUGAUGAUCUAAAUGACAGUAUUCGCAUGGCACUGGGUGGCUCUCCGUCGCGACCGGCACCCCUUGCUCAGCACGCUCCUCCCACGCAACAACAACAGCAACAACAACAACAACAACAACAGCAACAACAACUGCCAUCGCAACAACCCGUUCAACAGGGCUUCGCCAUGUUCGACAUGGGAAGUAAUGUCGGGGCGGCCACUAGCCACAUCAUGAUGGCUGGUGGCCAAAUGGCUUCUUACGGAGUUCCUUCGUCGUCUUCUCAAGUACCCCCUGUCGGCUUUGGUUCUCCGGCUAAGCAGCCAAUGUCAGCAGGUGGACAGCCGGCAAAUGCAACAGCAGUCAGUGGUAAAGUCCUAACUGGAGAUCUAGAUAGUAGCCUUGCCAGUUUAGCACAGAAUUUGACGAUUAAUAAAAGUACUCAGCCACAAGUUAAGGGAAUGCAAUGGAAUUCUCCUAAAAAUACGGCUAAAACUGGAGGUCCCGCUGGAUGGACACCACAACCGAUGGCAGCAACCACAGGGGCUGGAUAUCGUCCUAUGGGUCAAGGAAUGACGCAACUUCCUCCUGCAACCACGUUGGCCUUUUCCCCACAGACAACUCCAAUGGGUAUGCAAGGUAUGCCAAUGGGCAUGCAAGGUAUGCAAAGUAUGAGGCCGAUGAUGGGUGCAAUGCCAGGGCCUACUACUGGAGGUGGUGGUAUGAUAGUUGCGGGUGGAGCUGCACCAAUGAUGAUGCCUAAUGCAAAUCCUAUGAUGGGUGCUAAUCUUCAACAGCAACAGCAGCAACAGCAGCAACAGCAACAGCAGCAGCAGCAUCCACAACCUGCUGCUCAGCCACAAGGCAAUGCUGUUCAACUAGAUCCUUUUGGUGCUCUAUGAAGAGACUAGGAUUUCAAAUGGAAUGAUAAAAAGGAAGAUUUUGUAAAUACUGUGUAAUAUGCUUAGAAAAUAUGCCCUUUUGAUUGAUAUCGAUCUAGGUUCGAAAUGUUCUAACCGUUGUUGAUAUCGACCUUUGAACUUCGUUAAAAAGCAGACGCUGUUCGUCUCUCUCACUGUGAAUAUGGUCAAUACUUCUAUCAUUAUUAUUCUCGCGCGAUCAUUCGAUCUUGAGGAUCUGCUACUUGUAUGUUACAAUUUGCCUUUUGAAAUAUUGUGUUGUUUAUUAAAUGUCAUUUCAAAUUGUAAAUCAAGAUGUGCUGUGUUCUCAAGAUGAUAAUAAUAAUAAUCGAGAAUCUUUGUUAUUAUAUAACAAAUUACCGUUUAGAAUCGCACAAACGUGCAUACGUAUAUGUGCUGAUGUUGCUACUAUUCCUACACUUGGAUUUGCUGUUUUUACAUAUUUAUGCAAUUGUCGAAAGAACAAGGAUAACAAUAGCUCUGCGAGUGUGUAUUUCGAAAAAGCUUUGUAAUAAUUUAUUAUAAUCGUGCUAAAUGAAAAGACUCGGAUAGAAAGGUAUGAAUUAUAGUUAAGUAAAUUCAGGUGGAGCUUAGUGUGAUUCUAAACGUUUAGGAUGAUUAGAUUAGGUAUAUACAAUUAGCUGUUUGCGUGUAUAUCGGUAUCUAUUUUACGAUAAAUCAUAAAAAAAGAAUUAGGAAAAAAGCAUGUAAAAUUCUCGUUACAAAAGAGAUAUUUAAAUAGUAGUUUACAUUGGGCAUCGAUCUAGCGUAUUUGUAUUUAUCAUAUAUUAUAUAUAUUAUUCCUUUUUUUAAAUUGUCUUAUUUUUUUUAGAAAUCAUUGGUUUUGGUCCAAGUGGAGAAGUUCACAGUUAUCCUAUGUUGAAGUAUUAAAUAAUAUAAUAAUAACGAUUAAUGUGUGAACUAAAAAAUAUUAUAAUUAAUUUAGAAAUAAUGAUAAUAAUUACGUUAUUUUGAGAUAUCAGGUGACGCAAAUAUGCAUAUAUAUACGUAUGUGCAUGGGUAGGAAAAAAAAUAGUAAUAAUUAAACAAAAACUAUUAUAUGUAUAUAUGCGUAUAGGAAAACCAUAAUUCCAUGGAGUUUUCGAGACAAUUAAUGAUGAGAACGAAGAAACGAAUAUAUAUUGGGGUAUUUCAUAAAUGUUCUCUUUAUUGUACUAUUCCAAACAUCUUAAUUAGAUAGUUCAUUAUUAUGUAUACACGAUUAAUCUUAAUUUAAUUUUCUAGAUAUUUAAGAAGACAUAAAGAAUGAAAGUAAAAAUAAGGUUAUACAUACGAUGCUCGUAAACAAAAAUUAUAGAUGUACCCAGAAUCAGCGAUGAUUUAGUAUUAUAUACUAUUAUAUAUAUAUAUAAUACAUGCAUAUAAAGAUAUAUCUAAAUAUAUAAAUAGUAGAUAAAAAUACUGUUACAAAAGGUCUAAUUAAUAAUUUGCUCCGCGUACGCAGUUGACUGUGUAGAGAUGAAUAUUUAAAUUAAUAAUAAGUGUAUGUUGAUUGGAAAUACAUCAAAAUAUUUUUCAUAAUUUUGUUAAUAUCAUUAAUUCCUUAAUAAUUAAUUUAAAUUAUUAUUCGAAUGUAUUGGUCAAAAUUCAGACAUUAAAUUGCAUACGCCGAGUAAAUGUUCUAUAUAUUAUGUAAAAAGAAGUUGCCGUGUACAGUGAUAGAGAGUAAUAAGAAAAGUAAUAGUGUUUUUUUGAGAGACGAAGAUUGAAGCAGCGUACACACUAAAGUACUAGUCUAUCUUUAUGCAAAAGAUUUCUCAAAAACAGUACAAUGGUUAUUGCAACUUUGGAAGAAGACCAAAAUUAUUUGUCAACAGAUAAUGAUUAUUAUUAUUAUUGUUAUUAUUAUGAUAAUAAAAUGUUUAGCUGAUAGAUACAUGGCAGGUUCUGGCUUGGCUUAUUACUGAAUUUAUUAGAAAUUUUCAUUCAAAUAAAGCAAGAAAGAAAAUGAAUGAAAAGAAGCAAAAAA